CCUCAAAUAUGUGCCAAAUAAAAGUGUCAAAAUAUUAGGAUAUAUUAAAAUGUGAUAAUAUUUUAACAAAAAAUGAGUAAAAUAAGGACGACGCCAUGUGGGAAAUACUUUUUAACGAUAUUUUUUGUACUAACAAUUGCAAUAAUCAUACUUUAUAUUUUUACAAAUUAUGACUCUGUCCAUGUUCAGCACAGAAUUCGAACAAGACAGGGUAGAAAACCUGUACUCAACAAGAAAACCAUAGGUUUUCAGGGAGAGAAAAUCGUGCAUUUGGAUUUAAAGGGGGCACCUCCAAAAGUAUCGUACUACAAAAAAUUAUUUCCUUUGUUGUCCAAAAUGGGUGCUACUGGGUUGUUAAUGGAGUAUGAAGAUAUGUUUUCUUAUAAUGGGGGACUGUUAGAGAACAUUUCAGCCUAUAAUGCAUACAGUUUGAGUGACAUCAAGCUUAUUAACAAGUAUGCAGCAGAAUCUCAGCUUAAACUCAUACCUUUAGUACAGACAUUUGGUCAUAUGGAGUUUCUUUUAAAGCUAUUUGAGUUUAAAGAGUAUAGAGAAGAGGAGCCUUAUCCUUCUGUAAUAUGUCCCUCACAUGAAAAUACUUUAAAUUUGUUGACAGACAUGAUUGUACAGGUUGUUGAAGCACAUCCAGAUUCCAAAUUUAUUCAUAUAGGAUCUGAUGAAGUAUAUUAUCUGGGAAUGUGUGAUAAAUGUAAAAAUGUAAUGGCAUCUGAAAAUUUAUCAAAAAACAUGUUAUUUAUAAAACAUGUAAAAUCUGUUAUUAAAAUCAUUAAAAGCAGAUUUCCAGACUUGAGAGUAUUAAUGUGGGAUGAUGAGUUUAGAUCUGCAACUAAAGAAGAACUUAAGAAAAGUAAAAUUGGCAAUAUGGUUGAACCUGUGGUUUGGAAAUAUACCAAAGAUGUAAUGGAUGAUUUAGGGCCCUCAUUAUGGGAUAUGUAUUCUGAUGCAUUUCCUAAAAUUUGGGUUGCUAGUGCUUUUAAAGGAGCCACAGGAAGUAAUCAGUAUAUUGUUGACGUACCCACCUACCUCCAAAACCACAGAAGUUGGAUGGACAUAAUCUCAUUCUACAAAGACAAUAUAAACUUUGAAGGUAUCAUAAUAACAGGCUGGCAAAGGUACGACCAUUUUGCAGUGCUCUGUGAGCUCCUCCCAAUAGGUCUUCCAUCUCUAGCAAUGUCCUUGAGAAUCGUGCAGGGCUACAUGGACUCCCCGCUAACCCCUCCACUGGAAAUAGCUGAUUUACUUCACUGUGAGCAACCAUAUGCUCUUAUAGCUUCUGCUUUUGGUACUCCAAAGUGUAACUUCCCAGGUGGGAGUGUUUUGGAGAGCGUUUUGCAUUUGCAUCAGCUUAAGAUGGAGUUUCAGGAAAUUUCAACUCAAUCACAAGCUUUAGGCUGGAUGGAUGGUUAUAACAUAGAACAUAAGUACUCAAGUCCGCAGUAUGUCGAGGUUAUUACCUUGGCUUUGGUCAGAAUAAAAGGAGAUUUAGGAAGUUUGGAUGAAGAACUCACCAUGGCUUUGCAAGAAGUAUAUGACAAUUAUACUGUUAGUGAAUGGAAGGAUACUUACUUUAAACCAUUUGAAAUUAGUGUAAAUGAACUAUGGAAAUCAGGUCAGGCUUUGUUAAGCAAAGAAUAUUGGCCCAGAAGACCUUUGGACUACAAAAAUGAAUUGUAAUCAGGUCUUUAUCAACAUUGUGAUAAUAAUAACUCUUUAGUUUGUAAAGCAAUCACAUUUUUAUUUUGUAAUUUUGUUAAAAACUUUUUCCAACUUUUAUACUCUUUAAUAUUUUUUAAAUUUCUGUACCAUUAUUUACUUCAAUGUGAAUACAUACAUGUAUAUAUGUAAAAUUGUCUUAGUGUUUUUUAAAAAAAUUUUAAUGUAAAUAUGUUUAAAUAAUUUUAGAGACUGAAAAAAUUGUACCUUUAAUAA